ACGUAGAACAACCCCACAGUUGAAAAAAGAUUUUAUAAUGAAAAAUCAAGUUGUUUUUAUUUUUGUAGUUCUUUGCAUUGGUCAGGAUGUAAUUUCUGCACCUUGUGAUGGUGGUGGAGAGUCCACUGGAGACAGUGAUUGGAAAAGAAUUGAUGGACAAGAUUUCCAACGAAGACAACGUUAUUUUCGACAAUAUCCAAGAUUUCCUCCAAUGCUCUCAUGGUGGCAAAAUAUUCCGCCAAUGAACCAAGAUCCAACGACUCAAAAUACACCGUUAUCUCCAAAUCAAGUUACUCCAGCUGCUCCAAUUAUUCCAGCUACUCCAAUUACUCCAGUUGCUCCAAUUACUCCAGUUGCACCACCCAAUCCACUCAAUUCAGUG